ACCACUUGACUCGCCCCACACCCCACACCACACACACACACACCACAUACCACCACGCCACAACCUCACCACAACCACACACAUACACAGAGCCAACAUUCAUCCGGCAUGGCGUCACAGCAGGCCGCCGAGCUGGCGCAGAAGCUCAAGGCCACUCGCAGCCAAGAGGCUGCUGGCGCGCUCGAGGGCGGGCUGAGGACAGACGAUGUCGGCGCUGGCCGUGGCGCGGCCGCGCGCGAACGGUACCAAGCGACCAUCGAGACGUUGCGGAGCAAGGUGGCAGCACUGGAAGCGCAAGUGGCCGAGGCUGAAGCUGCAGCUGCAGCGGGAGGUGGUGGUGGUGGUGAGGGUGUCCCUGGGCAGGAUGCUGUCAUCGACGAUGAGGCGCUGCGCAGAAUGGUGCUGGCCAAGGCGACAGGCGGCCCCGGUUCGCGGUCGGUGGUCAAGGGCAAGCUGGACCCGCUCCGCGCGUUGGGCGAGGACGCUGGCGACGAUGACGAUGACGACGACGGCGAUGAGGGCGGGAGUGGGCCGCGUGUCCAGGUCACGCCCGAGCACGUAGCCGAGCUCGCGUCAGUCGCAGGCGUCCACUUUGACAGGACACACAACAGCCUGCUCGAGCCCGAUGCUGAGCGCAACGGGCUGCGGCUGCGACGGUACGAGCUUCAGGGGACGUCGCACGGCUUGGGGUUCGCGCUCCAUUUUGACGUCAACGAGGAGGCGCUACGGGUGGAGCGGGUCGAGGUUGAGGUUGACAAGCUUCUCACGCGCGAGCUGAGCGGGCUGGUGACCCACGUGGAGGAGACGUGCUCGCUGCGGGCGUUCUUCAAGACCUUUGCGCGCUUUGCCAAGCUCCGCUCGCUCCGCACUGCGCUCUUUCGCACUCUCAAGAUCGAAUACGGCGAGUGGGUCGUCCUGCCGCACGGCGCCGCCAACUCGGCGACCAUGGUUGUGGCCGCGCCUUCGUCGGGCGACGGCAGCGCGCCAUUUGAGUUUACCUUUCUGUGGCAGAUUGCCUCGGACACCCGCGGCAAGCUUGAGCAGAACAUCCAGAUCUUCCCCUCGGUCUCGCUCGGCCUCGUCGAGCUCGACGCCGAGGCCUCGUUUGCAGUCACUGCCGAACUCACGACUCACUUUCGCAAACUCGUCGCCUGGGGCGGCGUUACCGCCGCGCUUCGGGUCCUCAUCGGCAUUGUGCGAUCCGGGAAACUGACGCCGUAAUCGCCUGUCCGCCGUCGGCCGCGUUGGCUCGCGCUGAUGUGCCGUCGUCGCAGUACGCCGUCACGGCAUCGUCACGAGUUGUGCACCAGCACCAGCAAUGCCAAGCACGGCCCGGCUCGAUGGCUCAUCAUCACAUAACAUACACCCUAACCCUGCC